AUGUCCGAUGUUGAGGGUUCGAUAAGCUUUUCUAAUGUGGAGUCCCAUAUUCUUGCGUCCGAGGCGGUAAUGCAACACCAAGAGGUAGUAGACACCUUCAGCGACGGCUGGAAUUCCCCUACUGGUGUUCAUGUAACGGGAAACAAUGACCGUGGAAGUAUUGUUUGUAAUACUGCAGAGUGGGCUACUGGAUCGGAUGGCCUUGAUGACGGAGACUUAGGGAGGAGGAGGUCUUCCAUAUAUCUUGAUGCCAAAGAUGGAGACGGGCCCGUGUCCGUUGCUCAGGGGCGCUCAACCAUUGACAACGUUGCCCUGACAGUUGAUACGAGGCCCAGCGACCUAGCGGCGACAUUGGAGGGGGAAAACUAUCCGUAUUAUGAUCUCGACUAUGUCUGCUCGUACGCUUUCCAGAGUGAACAUGCCGACCUGAAUAGCCACGAUUAUGGGCUUGAUGCCUUCAUUCACGGAAUGCGGCUGGGUCCCUGGCCCCUGCAAUCGACCGUGACGACCUCUCCACCACGGGUUCUAGAUGGCCAAUCGAAUAGGCUCGCCCAGUUUGGUGGGCUGCAGUCGAGUUUGACGGUAGCAAGUGAGAGUCCCCUCCGAAACGACGUAGGUGUGCUGCGAGAGGCCAACAGUCUGCAGGGCAAAACAUCUCCUAACGGAACAUCGGAGAGGUGGCUGAGGUGGUCUUUCCGGGCCUUUGACGGAAAAUGCAAUCUUCCGCAGGGCACUACAAGGGGCUGUGAUACCUUAGGUGUGAGUGAGAGUUCCCUUUAUGAUGUGGAUAUGGUAUUGGGGCUACUUUGCACAGACAACGGGAUUCCCGGUGUUCUCUCGAGUGGAAGUUGCAGUGAGGGGCACACGCAAAAAGCUAGUGAGAUAUGCAUGGGAGUUAUGCGCCGUGGGGACAGUGGAUCCAACAAUGAACUGAUGCUGUUUCCUCGACAUGAUGAUCGAGGAACUGGUGCCCUGACAAAUGGGACGAGUGGAGCGGUAUAUCAGAGGUGCAGCGAGGACAUCAUAGGUGCUCCCACCGGAGUCGUGAACGCGCAGCCUCUGCGUACCGAGGAAGGAAAAGCUUCCGGUAACGUUGAGCUCACCAUGGUCGGCGACGUACUACCAAAAACGUUUUCAUGUCCUUCUGCAGCCUCUGACUUUGUGGGCGCCGAAGGGCCGUUAGGGGACGUCAAAGAAGGUACCGGACUCAGUUUGCCGUCGAAAGCUCUUCCCAUAUCUGCCAUUCUUACUGACCGCGCACGUGGCAGGGUUGGAACUCCAUCAUGUAACUCUUUGGUGGAUAGUUUAAUUGGGGGGAUGGAGUAUCCGUACUUUAGUGGCCUCAAAGGCGACUCGAAUUUGAUUAUAAGCUCACCUUUGCCGUCCCGUCAGUCGAUUUGUACUGCGGAAGAGGGUGAGGGGGCUAUUUUGUCUGCCGAGGGGGUGUCUGUGGGCAUGGAAAGGGAGUGUGAGCAAUAUCUGCAGUCUCAUAUCUCCUGCUCUGUGGGUGUGCAUCUGCGAUGCGGAACGGAGCUUCGUUCGAUUAACCCAUGCAUCGCUCGUUGCGGCGACAGUCGUCCAGGUUCGACAUGCAGGUCAGCCAGUUGUAGUCUAGAUAAGAAUCAAGGUGUAGGACAGGGGGUAUGUAUGGGUGGAAGCGAGCAACUUUCCAUUCAGAAGCGUUCCAGGGAAAAGGCAGUUCAGGGCCCCGGGAGAAUGAAUGGGUCAUCGAUCAGUUUAGUGGCGGGUGCAGAGUCCAUUACCGCAUCUCAAAGCUUUGUGCGCCCGCCGGCUGCAGUUGUUUCCCGAAAGAGAUGGCAUCCGUGCAGCGAGCUUAGUACUGGUGGAGUGUCUGGGUCUCAUACGGUUAAAGUGGCUGAAGAUGGGAUGUGUCUCGUUGAGGGGGGGUCGUCACCAAUUAUCAGGGUUUCAAGGGAACGACAGAGUGUUCCUUCAAACCGAGUGCGUUUGAUUGUACUCAACCACAAAACGGGAACGGGACAGAAUGAUGUGCAGACGGCAGUAAACCUCCGCGGAGAGAGUACGCUAGAAGUCUGUCCUCCACAGGGCUUGCCACACUUCUUUAGCGUGGACGAAUACCUGGAAUGCACCGAUGACAAUGAUAUGUGCUCUGUCACACUCGCGGAACUUCAAGGAAAGUUUCUCCGCGGCAUGAACGUUGCCAUGUUUGUUGCUGGAAGUGAGUCAGUACCACUGUCUGGCUGGUGUGCGGUUUUUGAGGUGAUGAAUCAUGUGUUUCGUGACAUCAAUGAUGAGUGCGAGUUGUUUAUGUCCGUUGUCCUAAUACGACAGGAGUCAGCACGGGAUUUGCUUUCUGAGUCCGAAGGGGGGGUGCGAACUCUAAGUUCCUCCGUCAUGGCUCCUUGGGUUGCCUUUGAAAACGUCACCCAUAUGAAACUGAAGAGCGCACAUCACUUCAUCACACUUUUAUCGCGUGGUCUCGAAGUUGCCGAUUUGAAGCACAAUUGUGUCGGAAGUCGUGUAGUUUUGUCCGUCAUGUUGAAACAAAUUGAUGUGAAUGAUGUAAUUUUGUCGUCGAUGCUUGUGACGGGUGGUGCUACCCCUAACGACCUUGAUGUGCUGCUGAGGGAAGGUGACCAAAGUGCACGAAAGCUAUUCCAUGAAGCGUUGGGUGGUCCUUAUUUCACUGUUGUGGUUUCCUCACUCUGUGAAAGGGACAGAGACCUUCUGCAGCUUCUGAGCGCCCAACAUAAGUUCACUUCCGUUGUCAACCAACCGUGUACCGUAGGAAGCGUGAGUCGGUUGAUCGAUAAUGCGGAGGCGGAGGUUGCUGGGUGUUCCACUGACGAUCAAAUUGUAUUGGAAAGAAAACAAUUCUUGCUUGAGCGCAUAGCGCUUGCGAAACAUAUUAUGUAUAACCCCAAAGGGCUUUCACUGGUAGUUGACGUGGAGGAAUCAGUACGACUUGAGAAGAGGGUUCAUUGUGGUGUGAAAUUUGACAAGCAACCGUUCCCUGGACCACAGUCCUCAUCUGUGUCUGCUUGUGGCGGGGAUUCCCACAACGCGGCGUCUGCGCUGUGUGUGGAGGAAGGGCAAAGUAGUAAGCAGAGACAAGAACCAUGUCCAAAAUUUUUCUCGGAGGCACAGUGGCUGAAACCAAGUAGCAAAGGCGACACUAGAGUUACGCUCAUGGGUGGCGCGCCACCGUCAUCGCUGCCACAACGCAAUCAUUAUGGGGAGGGGAAAACACCCUCGUGCUUGCCCUGUGUUACCGCAGCAGGCAUGCCCACUCCCCGAGAUCCCCGACUGGAGCGCCAGGUGAGGCCAUCCAGCAGAAGACUCAGCAUUCCAGUGGAGCCGGAUCAAGCUAGUUACGCAACGACUUGCAGUAUGUCGGACCCCCAAAGGGGGGAGGGUUUGCCCUCCCUGGGCCCUUUGGCAACCACAUGUGGAAUGGAAUUGGCGCCAUCUACGCAGCGUAGAGCCCACCGUUGUUUUCCUUCCUCAGCUUCCUCCGACCACACGACAUGUGCAUACUCACAGCGGCUGUUCUCGCUAACCCCCGCUCGGGGGGCCUCGCAUGAUGCUGAGGUCUCCUGUAAGAUUGACACACCCGGUGUUCCUGAUGCAGAAAAAGUUAGAACUUCUACCACGCCCGAUGCUUUUUCAUGCCCAGGUAUAAGCACAAAGGUGAAAUACGACCCUGGCCUUUCUCUCCCAUCCUUGAAGGCAGCACGGGGACCACCGUGUUCCAUGACAUCUUGCUUCCCAUUCGACCCAAUCCUUACGGGACCCCCCGGUGUUGUGGAGCCCGUGGAGCACUGCGGAAUCUCGCAGGGCCCAGCACUCUGCAGACAGAGGGAACAGCCACAACUGCCCGAUGCCUCGGUUGCAUGCUCUGGGGGCUCCCCAACCCUCACUUGCAAGCAAGUGGCUCAUGCGAGCCAAAACAGCGUGCACACCGACAUCAAGAAGAAGCAAAUUUCUGACGGCGGUAGUGACAGCAGCGCACGGAGCGCAGAAGGCAGCGAGGAUGAUGUGCUGCACAGUGCCAUGUCUGCACCUUCUAAGGUGAGAACGCUUGUUGUGGUCGACCAGGGUUGUGGACACGUGAUUGGUGCCGGGAACGAUGACGGUGGGCCUUUCCUAAGAACUGGCGGCUCUCAUGAGGGAUACGAGGUUGACGAGGUGGUGAAAUGGGGCGAUGGUUGCGGUGACGUGCCUUCGAAGGUGUUGGGUGAGCUGUUUGAUGUUUUUGUUUUGGGUUGCAACGCUGCUAUCCUUACUGCAGAGAGUGGUUCCUCAACCGUGUCAUCAACUGUGCUUAGGGGUCUCGUACGGAAUGUGCUUUCAGAGGUUGUUGAUGCUUCGGGCCUCCAGAAUUCCAACCGUAGAGGAUUGCUCAGCUUAUCGAUUGUGAAAUUGAGCGGAGAGCGCAUGCUUGAUCUGCUGGAUGAUAGCAGCGAGCCGGAGAGGUUGGUCAUAGCUAUGUCGCCGAUCUUCGGCCCGUGUGUUCACAACGCCCGCCGGUUUCCUGUUAGCAGCUGCAGCGGGUUCGACUCGCUACUGGCAUCAGCCCUUCGUCGCGCCAAGAACGCAGGGGUCGAUGAUGGGUUGGUGUUCGUCUCAGUUGUACUAAAGCAGAAGCUGAAAGCGGAUGGGGAUGUCCUUGUCUCAUCUCUCGCAGUCAGUUUGGCAGGGGAAAACGUUGACCUCUACACAUCCGUGCUGAACCGUGUCUCGCGCGCACCGCGUGCGCUAUUUCACUACGCAUUGGGUGGACCGUGUUAUACUGUAGCGUUGCUUAGUAUUGAUGUCGCAACGACUCAGACCGAAAAUAUGCUGCGCGUGCAGAAGUGUAUUGGAGAGGUGGUGAACCGGCCGAUACACCGCGGAAGCAUCGUGAAGUUUAUUAGCGGAAUCCGGGAUGAUCUCGUGCCUAGUCUUCGUGAAAAGUUUCAAGGGUCGAAUAAAUGUGAGCCGUCAGAUAAUAUAUUGUACCGGCUCGAGGAAAUGGUGCGAGACGCAGAAUUGCUUUUGGAGAAUUUCGAGUCGAAUGACCCCCGCGCAUAUCUUAGUGACAAAGAGACAAGGUCGCCUAAGGGGUGCGUGUCGCUCCUAGAGACCAAAGCCAGAACCGGGGACGAGGGGAGGGUUCAUUCACUUUUAUUCUUCGAGCAACGACUCCUUAGUGAUGGUACCGCUGGUGUGCAAGGUAACUCCGUAUUUACCCGAGCAGGGGCGAUUACCCGCCGCUAUGGCGUCGACGAGGUGGUGUUGCGUGGGCCCGACAGCGACAGUAAUGCUACUCUGUGUUCACGUCUUCUUGAUGAGCUCGUUCGGAAGUUUAUGUCGGGGCAUUGCACUGCUGUUCUUGCCGCAGAUAGCCACAACUCCGCUUCCACACCGCUUAUCCUCCGCAAGAUAGUGUACCUUAUCCUGCAGAGUACGAAAGCAGGGGUGGGUUGCGGGCCGGUGGGUGGCGACUUGCUCCUCUCAAUGGCGCUCGUUAAGAACGGUGUUACGGUGGAUCUAUUGGCAGCUGAAGAAUCCGAGGCGGUUCACCGCUUCGGGGUGGAAAUAUCACCACUCUUCGACCGCCACGUACGGGGAGUGUCGCAUCGCGUUGUCGCCGACACUGAGGCUUUUGACCGUUUUUUAGUUGGGGCUGUCGAGCACGUCGUACCCACCCUACAAGCCGAGGAUCCCGGCCUGAUGGUUGUUUCCUUAAAGUUAACACACCAUGUGGAAGAACCUGUACACGACGUGUUUGUUUCCUCGCUCAUGGUGACCACCGUAUUCGAUCACGUUUCCCACUACAGCGACAUUUUGUCAAACCGCUCUAGUGAGCUCACGGACCUUUUCAAGCUCGCGUUGGGGGGGCCAUGUUUCACUAUCGUCGCGCUUGGAUUGUGUGACGAAGAUGAUGAUGCGGAAGCCUUGCUUUCCGUGCAAACUAAGCUUUCCCAGGUGCGAAACCUGCCGUCUCAUCGCACGAGUGCUCUACGGCGCAUGGAUGAACUUACGAAAACAAUUCAGGUGCUGGGGGUCCAGCUUCAGGAAGAAGAAAGUGAGGAAGAAAAGGCCCAACUCCGCGUGAGGAUCGUCCGUGCAAGGCGUUUCCUGCUAGAAGUUGAGUCACUCCUCAAGAACCCACCACGGGAAAUGGGCUGCGUACGCGCUUACAAGUCGGUGCACUGA